GCUGAGAAGUGCAGAGCUUGUCACUGCAAUCCCUACGGCACUGUGAAUCAGCAGACAAGUUGCAAUCAAGUGACGGGGCAGUGCGAGUGCCUGUCUCACGUCACCGGGCGGGACUGCAGUACCUGUGAGCCUGGCUUCUUCAACCUUCAGAGCGGACGUGGCUGUGAGAGGUGCAACUGCCACGCGCUGGGCUCCACCAACGGCCAGUGCGACAUCCAAACUGGGCAGUGUGAGUGCCAGCCUGGCGUCGCCGGCCAGCGAUGUGACAGAUGCGAGGUCAACCACUUUGGCUUUGGCUCCGAAGGCUGUAAACCCUGCGACUGUGAUCCCGAGGGCUCGCGCUCCCUGCAGUGCCGGGAGGACGGUCGCUGCGAGUGCAAGGAAGGCUUCGUGGGGACCCGCUGCGACCAAUGUGAAGAGAACUAUUUCUACAACCGCUCCUGGCCAGGCUGCCAAGAGUGUCCAGCCUGUUACAGAUUAGUGAAAGAUAAGGUGGCAGAGCAACGAGAGAGGUUGCAGGAACUGGAAGAUCUUAUAGCCAAUCUGGGUACGGGAGAAGACACUAUAACCGAUCAAGCCUUUGAAGAGAGGUUGAAGCAAGCAGAAAGAGAUGUUAUGGAGUUGCUCCAAGAAGCACAAAAGAGCAAAGACGUAGAUCAGGGCUUCAUGGAUCGUCUCAAAGACAUCAACAGCACACUAGCAAGUCAGCUUAACAGGCUGAGGAACAUCCAGGGCACAGUGCGGGAGACGGAGAACCUGGCAGAGCAAGCACGGGUGCGAGUGGAGGACACUGAGGACCUGAUCAGCUUGGCUUCCAAUAUGCUUGAGAAGGCAAAGAUGGCAGCUGACAACGUGUCCAUUACCCCUCCGGAGUCAAGCGGGGACCCGAACAACAUGACUCUGUUGGCAGAGGAGGCCCGUAAACUGGCUGAAAGACAUAAAAAAGAAGCUGAUGAGAUUGUUCGCAUAGCCAAGGCAGCAAAUGAUACUUCCACAGAAGCAUAUCAACUGCUGUUGAAGACCCUGGCUGGAGAAAACCAAACUGCAAACGACAUUGAUGAGCUCAACCAGAAGUAUAAUCAAGCGAGGAACAUUUCUCGAGACCUAGAGAGACAGGCCAACAAGGUGCUUGUGGAGGCAGAGGAAGCUGGAAACAAGGCCCUGCAGAUCUAUGCUAAUCUCACCAGUCUGCCUAUUGUGGAUUCCACGGGGCUGGAGAAUGAAGCAAAUAAGAUCAAGAAGGAAGCAGAGGAGUUAGAUCAGCUGAUUGCCAGGAAGCUGAAGGAUUACGAGGACUUGAGAGAAGACAUGAAAGGAAAGGAGUUAGAAGUAAAGAACCUCUUGGAGAAAGGGAAGACGGAGCAGCAGACUGCUGACCAGCUCCUGGCUCGAGCAGAUGCAGCGAAAGCCCUGGCUGAAGAAGCUGCUCGGAAGGGCAAUGGCACUCUGCAGGAGGCUAAUACCAUUCUCAGCAACCUGAAAGAUUUUGAUAAGCGGGUGAAUGAUAACAAGACGGCAGCAGAGGAGGCUCUGAAGAAGAUCCCUGCCAUUACCCAGACCAUUGCUGAAGCCAACAAUAAGACUCGCCAGGCAGAGCUGGCGCUUGGCAAUGCUGCUGCUGAUGCCCGUGAGGCCAAGGCCAGAGCAGAUGAUGCUGAGAAAAUCGCCGGUUCUGUUCAGAAGAGUGCUGCUGCUACCAAAGCUGAAGCCGACAAGACUUUCACUGAUGUGACAGGGCUGGCCAGAGAGGUGGAUGAUAUGAUGAAGCAACUACAGGAUGCUGAAAAAGAGCUGAAGCGGAAGCAGGAUGAUGCUGAGCAGGAUAUGAUGAUGGCAGGCAUGGCCUCGCAAGCUGCCCAGGAGGCAGAAGACAACGCAAGAAAAGCAAAGAACUCUGUGAACACCUUGCUAGCCGUCAUUAACGAGCUGCUGGAUCAAUUAGGGCAACUGGAGACAGUGGACUUGAACAAACUGAAUGAGAUUGAGGGUACCCUCAACAGUGCCAAAGACCAGAUGAAAGAUAGUGACCUGGACCAGAAAGUGUCUUUUCUUGAGAGAGAAGCUAGAAAGCAAGAUGAUGCGAUACAGGCCUACAACAGGGACAUUGAAGAGAUCCUGAAGGACAUUAGCAACCUGGAAGACAUCAAGAAGACCUUGCCAUCUGGCUGUUUUAACACCCCGUCCAUUGAGAAACCCUAAGGGUGCGCUGGGGGUGGGGGGUAUUCCCCUGGUGAGCCGUGGAGCGGUGGGUUGGCUGUGGAGUGCCUUAAACACACAUUACCUUCUUCAAAUCCCCAACUCUUCGCUGCUCGCAGCCACUUGUUUUCUUUUCAAAUCAGGAUAAGUUGAAAUUUUUUAUUUUAUUUUAUUUUUUUUUCCUAAAGAGAAGCAAAUUAAAUAUCCAUCUUUGGGCAUCAAAGGGGGUUUUUUUUAUAUAAAUUGUCUUCCUGAGCACUCUUGCCCCUUUCUCAGACACAGCUUCCCUUUGAUUAGCACAAGGAUGAGAGAGAUGCUCUGGACUCUUUAUACUGUGGUUCAGAAAUAACCAUGUGAGCUGUAUACAGCAAGGCAAAACUAACCCUCCUUCCUCUCCUCUCUUCUCCCCUCGACUGUCAAAUCCUUGGUCCCGGAGCUCUCUGUCCCUAUGAAGGAAGGGGAUGGCUACCAAAGUAUUACUGUAACGGCCAGUAUAGCUGCACUCGUUCAGAUCCCUCUUCCCAGCUCGUAACCCUGUGAAUUGUAUUAUUAUUACUUUUUUGAUCGUUAACUAGUGGCCAAUCGACAGCAUUGGUAGCCUG